AUGACCAGCAGCUUCAGUUUGGUGCCCCAGGCCUACCCCAGCCUUCCUGGUGAAACCGUAUCUGUCGGACCCUUGCCACUGGAUGUACGGGCUGCUGUGGGAGAAUGGAGCCAGUCUGAUCAGAGAGGGAACAUGAGUCAGCUGAACCACACUACAGCACCUGCCCCCCAAAAGUUUGACCCACUGGGUGGGCACACGGUCUGGCAGGUUAUAAUAAUAGUCUUCCUGACUGGCUCACUGUCCCUUGUCACGGUGGUGGGGAAUAUUCUUGUUCUGGUCUCAUUCAAAAUCAACAAAGCUCUGAAAACUGUGAAUAACUACUACCUCCUGAGCCUGGCCUUUGCAGACCUGACCAUCGGCACCCUCUCCAUGAACCUGUACACCACCUACAUCAUCAUGGACCAGUGGGCCCUGGGGCCUCUGGUGUGUGACGUGUGGCUCGCCAUUGACUAUGUGGCAAGCAAUGCGUCUGUUAUGAAUCUGCUGGUCAUCAGUUUUGACAGAUACUUCUCUGUGACUCGACCUUUGACCUACAUGGCCAAGCGUACCACAAAGCGGGCAAUGGUGAUGAUUUGCCUGGCUUGGUCCGUCUCCUUGGUGCUCUGGGCUCCAGCCAUCUUGUUUUGGCAGUACAUUGUGGGAGAGCGAACAGUACAGCCCACAGAGUGCUACAUACAGUUCCUCUCAGAACCCAUCAUCACCUUCUGCACAGCCAUUGCUGCCUUCUACCUCCCUGUGUGCAUCAUGAGCGUGCUCUUCUGGAGGAUCUACCAAGAAACGGAGAAGAGGGCCAAGGAUGUGCAGAGUCUGAAGGGCUCUGGGUCUGCUCCAAGACCCACACACACAGAAAGAGGUGUGCUGCGCCAGAUGAGCUCUCAGAGCUGCAGCAGUGUGGAGCUGAAUCAGACCCAGGAGGAGUCCAGACAGGGCAAUCCCAGGAGCAGUGUCCACUCUCUGAGGGCUUUCUGCUGCCCUAUAUCCCCCAAAAGGUCCUCCCAAGUCCUGAGAGGCGAUGAGCACAGCAGCACUGACACUGUCAACAGAGCGUCCACGGGGAGGGACACGCCCCGGCCUCCAGCAGCUCAACCAGACAAAACCAGGAGCCAAGAGAAACAGCCCUCUUUAGGGGUUCACAGUGCGCAGACACCCUCCAUCAGCAUAAAGGAAGCAACAGUAGCCAAACGUUUGGCGUCCAAGGCCAAGUGUGAGAUCAACAAACGCAAGAACGAGAAGAAGGCCAAUGAGAAGAAGGCAGCUAGGACUCUCAGUGCUAUCCUCCUGGCAUUUGUCACCACGUGGUUGCCAUACAACAUCAUGGUGCUGGUGAACACCUUCUGCCAGGACUGUAUACCUGACAGUCUGUGGGCCCUGGGCUACUGGCUUUGCUACGUCAACAGCACCAUCAACCCCAUGUGCUAUGCUCUGUGCAACAAGACCUUCAGGGACACCUUCAGGGACAUUCUGUUGUGUCAGUGGAGUCAGCGCAAGAAGGCCAGAGCUACCUUCCGCAGAUAG